GAUAUAUGACUCCGCAUCAACGCUAAAUUCUGUGGAUGGAGUGAUGGAGAAUGAGACUACUGAAAUGAGCACUUCAGGGUGUGGUUCUCUAAUUCUGGGAAUGGGAGCAUUGUCCCGAUUGAUUGGAGACCCCAAAUAUGAAUCGGCAGCUUUAUGUGCUCUUCGUGAAUUAUGGGGCAUGUGCAGUUCGUUGAAUUUACUCGGUACAACGCUGGAUAUAUCAACUGGUGAAUGGAUUGUGUAUUCUUCCGGAAUUGGAGCUGGGGAUGACUAUCUAUUUAAGGGCCACAUCCUUGUUGGAAAUGAGUUCUGGAGGAUGUUUCAUUCUGCUGUGCAGAAAUAUUUCAGACAUGGUCCAUGGAAAAGCAACGUAUUGGCAGCUUACAAGCCUUCAGGCAUUUUGGACCAUCAACGUUGCAUCCCACAGAAAAGUAUUAUCCUCUGCGCCCUGAAUUGGCGGAAUCAACUUUCGACUUGUAUCAAGCAACUAAAUGUUUGAUAAUUUUCUUAUUAGUUAUCUUCAUUUCCACAUGGACCUAAAAGUUCAGGUCCAUGGUAUAUUGAAGUGGGGGAGUCAAUUCUAAAUUCUCUGAACCUAUACACCAAAGUGGAACGAGGUUUUGCUAACAUCAGAGAUGUCACAACUACGCAGUUGGAAGACCAUCAGCAUAGUUUCUUCCUUGCUGAGACACCGGAAAGCAAGCGCGAUGUGUGUGCAAGUAUGUCCUCCUACAACAAUGAAUUCGUGGGAAUGUGGCGGAGAACAAGUUGAGAGUGCUUGCCACGUCCCAGAUGAUUGUAGUGACCACAGAUGUUUAACAGACGAUGAAUGUGGAAUUUACUCAACUAAUUGUAGACGAAGAUGGUGUGGCCUGGCCGGCUACUGCGGGCUGUGGUUGUUCAUAUGACUUCCACGGAAGACCAGAGUUGUUUCUGCAGACAAAAAAUAAAUGUAAUUUCUGUAACUGGAGAAAUCAGGGUAUAGGAAUAUACAUACACAUCUGCGUGAUACAUUAUGAGAGAGAGAGAGAGAGAGAGAGAGAGAGAGAGAGAGAGAGUUUAGGAAGUGAAUAGCAGAUUAUGCAAUAUCAAUUUAUCCUUUAGAUUCUUACAGAAAUGUAGACUUGUGAAGUUUGAGUGGCUGAUAUAGUGAUUGUGCAGUUUACUAUUGCAUACGAACAUAAAACGUUGAAUACAUUUUCCCACCAUUGUCUUAAGCAAAUUUUAGAUUCAUAUUGAGAUCCA